AUGGUUGCGCCCGUCGACCCCAACGACCGUGUGGUCAUUGGCCUCACCUUUGGCAACUCCAACAGUUCCAUUGCCUACACUGUGGAUGACAAGGCUGAGGUCAUCGCCAACGAGGACGGUGACCGUCAAAUUCCCACCGUCCUCUCCUACGUCGACGGCGACGAGUACUACGGCGCCCAGGCCAAGGCAUUCCUCGUCCGCAACCCCAACAACACCAUUGCCUACUUCCGCGACUUCCUCGGCAAGGACUUCAAGUCGAUCGACCCCACGCAUUGCCACGCCGCCGCCCACCCCAAGGACAUCUCCGGCCAUAUCUCCUUCACCGUCCAGGACAAGGCUCAAGAAGAAGACGAGGAGGAGAAGGAGAUUGAGCUCUCGACUGUUUCCAUUGACGAGACCGCUACCCGCUACAUUCGCCGCCUCGUUACUUCGGCCUCUGACUACCUCGGCAAAACUGUCACCUCAACCGUCAUCACCGUCCCCACCAACUUCAACGACAAGCAGCGUGCGGCUCUGAGCAAGGCUGCUGAAGCUGCCGGCCUCGAGGUUCUGCAGCUCAUCUCGGACCCUAUCGCCGCUGUGCUGGCCUACGAUGCCCGUAAGGAGGCAGUUAUCAGCGACAAGAUUGUUGUCGUCGCCGAUUUUGGCGGCACUCGUUCCGACGUGACCGUCGUCGCCUCGCGCGGCGGCAUGUACACCAUCCUGGCCACCGUCCACGACUAUGACUUCGCCGGCGUCCACCUCGACAACGCCCUCAUGGACCACUUCGCCAAGGAGUUCAUCAAGAAGCACGAAGUCGAUCCCCGCGGCAACGCCCGCUCCCUCGCGAAGCUGCGCCUCGAAUCUGAGGCCGCAAAGAAAGCUCUCUCCAUCGGCUCCAACGCUCAGUUCUCCGUCGAAAGCCUGGCUGAUGGCUUUGACUUCUCCUGCACCAUCAACCGUGUCCGCUACGAAAUGGUUGGCCGCAAGGUCUUCGAGGGCUUCAACCGCCUCGUUGAGAGCGCUGUCAAGAAGGCCGAGCUCGAUGUCCUCGACGUUGACGAGGUCAUCAUGUGCGGUGGCACCUCUCACACCCCCCGCGUCGCCAACAACCUGGCUGGCAUUUUCCCCGAAACCACCACCAUUCUCGCCCCUGCCACCAGCACCGUCGCCAUAAACCCCUCCGAGCUCCAGGCCCGCGGCGCCGCCCUCCAGGCGUCCCUGAUUCAGGAGUACGAGGCCGCCGACAUUGAACAGUCUACCCACGCUGCCGUCACCACCGUUAAGCACACUGCCAACGCCAUCGGCGUCGUCACCGUCGGCGCGGACGGCGAGACCUUCACCCCCAUCAUGCAGGCCGAGACUGCCGUUCCUGCCCGCCGCACCGUACACAUUCCUACGCCGAAGAGCGGCGGUGAUGUUCUCAUUAAGGUCGUCGAAGGCGGCACGCACAUCAAGGUCACCAAGCCUGAGCCUAAGCCCGAGCAAAACGGCGACAAUGAUGAGGAUGACUCCGAUUUUGACAGCGACGAGGAGGACGAGGAGAAGCGCGAGAAGCUCUGGAAGAUUGGAUCGCCGCUGGCCGAGGCCGCCAUCAAAGGGGUCAAGGCCGGUGCCAAGGUCGAGGUCACAAUAAACGUACUUGGCGACCUGAGUGUGACCAUUACCAUCCGCGAGGUCGGCGGCAAGGGCGGUGUUCGCGGCACUCUUGCCGCAUAA